UUUAUAAUCACGGCUUCCCUGUUUGAAGCAAUGCCAUCUUUCAGUCUCUCCUCAUCUGCUCCACUUCUUGGACUGUUUCAAUUUGCUAGUCCAAAACCAAGUAUGAUGAGGGACACGAGCAAACAAGCUUCCCUGUUCAUGUGGAUUUUUGUUAUGGGAUUGCUUUCUCAGAACUUGCUCAUUCCAGUCAUGUCCACGAGCUUUGAAGAUCAAAAGAACUAUUAUCCAGAUCCACGUCCAGUAACCCCUCCCCAUGGAUCGCGCACAAGUCCUCCCCUUGGGAUUUCCCCCAAGCCAGAGUGCAGGUGUGGAGACCCACCACCCUCUCAUGGAAUUACUCCGCCAUCUCACGGCGGUGGAAGCUACUACUCUCCCCCACCAACGCCACGCAGCCGAGGUCAACGCGGCUGUGGAACUCCGCCGUCUCCCAAAAAGGGUGGUGGAGGAGGCGGUGGCUACUAUUCCCCUCCUCCAUCCGGUGGCAGCAGUCCACCAACACCAGUUGUCUACUACUCCCCUCCAACUGCCGGUGGCAGUCCGCCAACCCCGGUUGUGGUAACUCCGCCUUCCACUCCCACCGUCUCAGUUCCCCCACCCCCAUUCCUUCCUGAUCCCAACAGUCCCUUCACUGGUACAUGCAACUACUGGAAGAGUCACCCCGCAUUGAUUUGGGGUUUGUUUGGGUGGUGGGCGACGGUGGGCGGAGCAUUUGGUUUGCCCAGCGUUUCUGAAUACGGGGCAGGCCUCAGCUUGCUCGAUGCACUUUCUAACACGCGCAGUGAUGGGCUGGGGGCCCUCUACAGAGAAGGAACAGCAUCACUGCUGAAUUCCAUGGUGAGCAAGAAGUUCCACUUCACCACCAAGCAAGUGAAGAACAGUUUCAUUGCAGCAGUGGGCUCCAACAAGGCGGCAGCAGCUCAGGCAAACAUCUUCAAGUUGGCCAACGAGGGCCGACUUAAGCCUAAAACUUGAAAAAUCAUUUGCCUUAUGUCUAUCCUCUAUUUUGGCCUUUAUUAUCUUCAGUUGUAUGGCGUCUGCGUUUUGGUUUGUUGUUUAUGCGUGCAUUGUACACAUGAAUGCUGUUUUAAGUGUUCUUAGUUUGUUGUAUUGUCUGCAUUUGUGAGGCCACACUAGCUAUAGUAAGAUGGGUACCAUGUCCAUGUUUUAUUUUAAUUAUUUUAUUUUAUCGUUAAAUUAAUAGUUAUUGAGAGAGGUAGAAUAUACAAAAAAUAGAUGGUGGUGGAUUCAUGAACAAUGGCUUCA